CAUAAUUGAAGAAGAACUACACAAGACUUGCAGAAAUCAUGGACCUCAAUUUUGAUCUUUGGAGGUUCCCUACUGCGUGGGACGAAGCUUCGUAUCAAUUAAUUCUCCAAAUGAACAGAAGCUUCCCACAGUCAACCAUCCUCAGAAACGUGUAGCUCACAUCCCUCCACGACAUCCAUGAAGUUUGGAGCAUAGCAGCAAGGAAUCCACGCUGUAGCCCCUCCCUCAAGAAACCCCAAUCUCUCCCCCCUCUCUCUCUUGAUCAUGUAUAGAAGUGUGCAACUCUAAAUAUCCCAUGCUGUAAUCAGAGUGCAUCAGUUUCUCUUCCAAUCCCAUCUCAUUCUAAGCAUCCCCUGUUUCAUCAGGCAAGAGAACAUUGAACAAUGGCGGCCGUGAAGAAAGUAAUUGGCAUCAUUGGUGCUGGGGUCAGUGGGCUCAUCGCCUGCAAGUAUGUGCUGCAAAAGGGGUUCCAUCCUGUUGUCUUCGAGGCGAGCGACGCCAUUGGAGGGGUGUGGACUCAGACCAUAGCCUCCACCAGGCUGCAGACGCCGAAGUUCGUCUAUGAGUUCUCUGACUUCCCAUGGCCUCCCCACGUGAACGACGCCUUCCCCGACCACGAUCAGGUCCUCCAUUACCUGCAGUCUUAUGCUCAGCACUUCGACCUGCUCAAGCACGUAAGGUUCAACUGCCGGGUGGAGGGCGUGGAGUACGUCGCCGCCUCCGGCGACGGCCAAGUUGUGUCGUGCGACCGAUGGGGAGGCACCGGCGACGCCUUCGGCUCCGAAGGGUGUUGGCACAUCACCUUCCAUGACGCACUGCUUAAGUCCAACCAUGUCAUGGAAGUGGACUUCAUAAUCCUGUGCAUAGGACGCUUCAGUGACUUCCCCAACCUGCCGGAGUUUCCACCUAACAAGGGGCCGGAAAUCUUCCGAGGACAGGUGAUGCACUCCAUGGAUUACUCUCGCUUGUCCGACUCCGACGCCGCUGUCCUUGUCUCGGGCAAGCGUGUUGUCGUAGUUGGCUUCCAAAAGUCCGCCGUCGACAUCGCCGCGGAGUGCGCCAAAGCCAAUGGGUUGAAGAGUCCAUGCACUCUGCUCUUCAGACAUCCUCAGUGGACCAUUCCUAGUUUUAAUGCAUGGGGUGUGAAUCUCGCAUUCUUAUACCUCAGUCGCUUGUCAGAGUUCCUGGUGCACAAGCCUAACGAGGGAGCUCUACUUAGUUUGCUGGCUACCUGUCUCUCUCCAUUGAGGUGGAUGAGAUCCAAAUUCGUGGAAAGCUACAUCAAAUGGAAGCUCCCUUUGAAGAAGUACAACAUUGUGCCCAACCAUAGCUUUGACGAGCAGAUCUCCUCCUGCAGGAUUGCACUCCUACCAGACAGAUUCUAUUCGUGUGUGGAGGAAGGGAGUAUCAUGCUCAAGAGAGCUGCCAAUUGGAGCUUCUGCGAGAAGGGCGUGGUUUGUGAGCAAGAUGCUUCUCCUGUGGAAGCGGACCUUGUAAUCCUUGCCACCGGAUAUAGAGGGGAUAAGAAGCUCAUGAACAUCUUCAAGUCCCCGUUGUUCCAGAAGAUCGUGUCAGGAUCAGAGUCCAAUACACUUGGCUUAUACAGAGAGUGCAUCCACCCGCGGAUUCCGCAGGCCGCCAUCAUCGGCUACUCAGAGAGUUUAUCUAAUUUGUAUACAUCAGAAAUGAGAAUCCGGUGGGUGGUUGAAUUCAUGGAUGGUGGUUUCAAACUUCCAAGCACAAGGCAGAUGGAAGAGGAUGCCAAGAAGUGGGAGAAGUACAUGAAGCAAUACUCAGGAAGCCAUUUCCGGAGGUCAUGUGUAGGAGCAGUUCACAUCUGGUACAAUGAUCAGCUCUGCGAAGACAUGCGGCGCAACCCAAGAAGAAAAGGCAGCUGGUUUGAAGAACUUUUCAUUCCAUACUUUUCUAAGGACUAUGCCAAUCUAUGAUUUCCACCCUAUGUUCAGGACAAGGUGGAUUACGUAUUCUUCUGUGAAAUUUUGCAUGUUGCAAGUUAAAAGAAUGACAAUAAAAAAGAGUU